UAGCAGCACAAAACUUUGUUCCAAGCUCCAUAUGAUUUUCCGGUCGUGUCUUGGUACGGUGUGCCGAUCCUCGAGAGCUCGGGUUCGUCCUGGUUUCAUCUCUUCUGUUUUCUUUCUUCUUCCACGUUCCAAUAAUGUCCGGGACAAGCCACUGCCAACGGCAACAAUGGUCGGCCGAGUUUUGAACGGCUCUUAUGCCUUUUCUUCCAUGUCCGUUUUAAAAUCGCGGAAAAAGAAAGAUCAAUUCGUGAGCACAGAAGCAGCAGCGACUAUGACCAGAAGAAAGAUCCAAACAAAUACAAUGCAAGGGGAUGAGAAACAGCUGGAAACAGAGAAAAGUUCUUCUUCCCCUGAUGAAUCGUUGCUUAACUCGGUGGUGGAGGUCUUUUGUAACUGUACAGUGUAUAACAAAUCUCGACCUUGGCUUACGUCUGGUAUGGGAAUGGCUUACAUUGGCUCCGGAUUUGCAAUCUCGGGAAAGAAGAUCUUCACGAACGCUCAUGUAGUGACUGAGAUGAAUGCUAUCACACAUGUGUCUGUUAAAAAACGCGGCGGCUCACAAAUCGAAUACGAAGCAAGAAUUGAAAAGAUUUCACAUGAAUGUGAUUUGGCCAUCUUGAAGAUCGAUAACAAUGAGUUUUGGGAAGAUAUGGAACCUUUGGAGUUUGGAGACAUACCGCCACUCCAAGAGGUUGUGUUUAUUGUUGGUUAUCCAAACGGUAUUGACAAAAUCUGCAUUACAAAAGGUUUUGUACGUGAAGUUAGAACUAGGGAAUAUAUUCACAGUGACACUAGACUGCUGACAAUAGUAAUAGAUGCAACUACCAAAUGUGGAAACAGUGGUGGCCCCGUAUUAAUGGGAAGCAAAGUCAUUGGCGUAUUAUGUUCAGUAUCACGGAAUACAAGUUUUGUGAUCCCAACUCCAAUCAUUCAACGUUUCAUGACUGGUGGUGGUGGAGAAAGUGGUCAACAUGCUGUUUUCGGCUCACUAGGUCUAUCAUACCAGUUUAUGGAAAAUGUUUAUAUCCGUAAUUACUUUAAAAUGGGCCCUAACAUGACAGGAGUUCUCAUUAACAAAGUAAAUUUGUGGAAUGACAUCAUUCUCGCAAUUGAUGGUGUUCCAAUACAAGAUUAUGGGACAGAUUUUUUGGGGAACAAGGAGAUAAUUAGUUUAGAUCAUUUGGUUUCUAUGAAAGAACCAGGUGAAACCGUUUUAGUUAAAGUUUUGAGAAAAGAAAAAGAGCGCGAGUACAAUAUUACUCUAAAACCGAUGAAACCACAUGUCACAGUGCAACCAUAUUAUAAUAACCUUCCAAGUUAUUACAUAUUCGGUGGUUUUGUCUUUGUGCCUCUCACUAAAUCAUAUAGUCCUAGACAUCAUUGCAAAUGUGUCUUAAUGGAUAUUUACAAAACAGCCGGUGAACAGCAAGUCAAAAUCUCUUGGGUAUACUCAGAUGACAUCAACGAAGGGUAUAAAAGUUUCAAAGAUUUGCAGGUGGAGAAAGUGAAGGGAGUAAAAGUAAAGAAUCUAAAGCAUCUAUGUGAGCUCAUAGUGGGAUGUUGCACCAAAGAUUUGAGGCUAGACUUAGAAGAUGACAAGGUCAUGAUCCUCAACUAUGAAUUUGCCAAAAAAUCAACUUCUCGGGUCUUGAAGCGUCUCAGCAUAACUUCGGCCAUAUCUAAUGACCUUUGUCUUCCCUCUUCAGCU